AUGUUGGCCCAAAUUGGCUGGCAGGCUAUCUCUAUAACCCGCAUAGGGUGGGGGUUGCUUGCCUUGCUCGUGGGAUUGUCUUCUGUCUAUGCAAUUUACAAUCGCUUCUUCCACCCUCUCCGCCGCAUCCCAGGUCCCUUGCUCGCCUCACUCACUCCCUGGGUCCAGCUCUACCACGGCCUCCAGGGAGACCGACACCUGUGGCUCUGCGCUCUUCACGAACAAUACGGCUCUCAUGUCCGCGUGGCACCUAACUUUGUCUCAGUAAAUACUGCUCAAGGCCUCCAUGACAUCUACGGACACGGAAAGCGGCUUAAGAAGGCCGAUUUUUACAAUGCCUUCCCCGCCAUCAAAGGCGUGUACAACACACACAACGUCAUUGACAAGGUCAUGCACGGCCGGAAAAGACGAGUCCUGAGCCAGGCCUUUUCUGACCAUGCACUCAAAAGCAUGGAAGACGUGAUGCUGCUGCACGUGCGGCAACUGUGUGCAGGCUUAACGCGUGCCCAGCAGACAGGCGUGGUGCAGGACAUGGGUCGCUGGUUCAGCUACCUCACGUAUGAUGUGAUGGGCGAGCUGUGCUUCGGAAAGAGCUUCGACAUGUUGAUCGAGAGUAGUCGGAGACGGCUGAUUGAGCUCGUCGAUCGGGCUGCAAACCGGCACUAUGUGUGUGGUCUCUGGAUGCCCCUAGAUCGAUGGCAUCUCGACCAACUCUUCAUCCACCGACUCACCAACGACCGCUGGAACUUCAUCAUGAACUCACGCGUGGAAGCGACCAAGCGCGCCCAGGAACGUACCAAGGCCGGCCACGACGCCAAAAGAGACUUCUUCUACUACCUGCUGAACGCCCGGGAUCCCGAGACGGGCCAGGGCCUGACUACCCCUGAGCUCUGGGGCGAGGCCAACGUGCUGAUGAUCGCGGGCAGUGACACGACGUCGACGACGCUAGCCGCGACGAUCUUCUACCUGGUGCGCAACCCACAUGCGAUGGCGCAGCUGCAGAAAGAGGUCCGGGAGAGCUUCUCCUCGGUCGAAGAGAUCGUAACGGGCAGCAAGCUGAACGAGCUGGUGUACUUGAAGGCGUGCCUGGACGAGGCGCUGCGGCUGGCGCCCGCGGUGCCCGGGGCGCCCCCGCGCGAAGUGAUGGAGGGCGGAGCGGUGGUGGACGGGGUGUUCCUGCCGGGCGGGACGGAUUGCGGGACGCCAACGUACUCGAUCCACCGGCAGGCGGCUUAUUACCGACAGCCCGGGGUGUAUUUGCCGGAGCGGUGGAUCGAAGGGGCGAUCUGUCAGACGGGGAUGGAGGCGUGGCAGACAACGCGGGAGGAUGUGGAGAUGGCGCGGCGGGCAUUCUGUCCCUUUAGUAUUGGGCCGCGGGGAUGUAUUGGGAAGAGCAUGGCGUUGAUGGAGAUGCGAUUGACGAUUGCGCGGUUGAUGUUUUUAUUUGAUAUGGAAUUGGCCGAUCGGCGAGGAGAGGAUGAGGGAGGGCAUUUGGCAUUGGUGGACCAUUUUACCAGUGCGAAGGAGGGACCGGAUGUGAUUGUACGGGCGCGGGUGUAA